AUGUUUAUUUCCCUGGCAAAAUCGAGAAAAAGUACUGAAGAAAUGGCGCAUAAAAUGAGCCAGGGCGACAAGUCGCGCAUUCAAUCGUCGCAGGACAAGAGCGGCAAAGACAUGAGCUCCGGCGGCUUCGCUGCUCGGGCCCAAUCUGCGGCGGACAAGAACGUCAACGCUGGUCUCGGGGGACAGCAGAGCGGGCAGAGCGGACAGGGCGGACAGGGUGGACAGCAGGGGCAGAAGAAGUAG